UACUCCCGUAAGACGCACCUUGACCGUCACUUGGCCGUACACGGAGGCCAACCCCUCUUUGUCUGUGAAACGUGUGGCAAGCACAUGUUCCGCAAGGAUCAUUAUCGCUACCACCUCCGCACCCACUCGGACGACCGUCCUUUCCCCUGCACGCAUGCCAACUGCGACAAGGCCUUCCGCCAGCGUGGUGCCCUGAAGCGCCACCUCGUCUCGCAC